AACACCAAAUAUUUUGUCAAUAUUAUUUUCAUAGUUGUCAGUAGUGUUGUUUAAAAUUUAUAAUUUCUUGCAAAACCCAACAUGUCAGUAGUAACAUACGAAAAACCGAUUCAACACAUCGGAUUAGCAGACUGGUAUGCCAAACAGUGGCAAAACCAACAAACCAACGACACUCGAAGAACCGACGCCUUCAAUUUAAGACACGAAUCGAGACAAUUACGAAAUGAAACUAACAUUCGAACAGAAUGGGACACUUACCACAACAAUGUGCGUCUAGCUGAUCGCAUUACAGAGCUCGACAGAUGGAGAGAUGUCCUGAAAUCUUGUUUAGAGAGAGUCAAUAAAGAAAUUUUGUCACUGAAAGACGAAAAAUUUUCGACUGAAAGAGAGUUGGACGCUCUGGGAAUCCCACUUGGAGUUGUGGCCGAAUGCAUUUCGAUGAGAGACUGCCGACAAGGGGCGGAAUUGACCUACGAUGACGGUGACACCGAACUGAAAAGGGAAUUGUGUGUUGUUGAAGGAGUCAAAAAGCUUCUAGUUGAGCGGUGCCAAGCAGCUUGGGAAAAACUAAACAAAUUGGAAGAAGUUCGCUUCAAAUUAAAUUUGGAAUUAAAUGACAAAACCGAAGCCAUUGAAAUUGAUAAAGAUCAACUAACUUUGGAUAAAAAUUGUGCUAACAUAAGUUUUAAAACUGAUCCGUUACGAAUUGUGAAAAAUUCAAUCCCGUAUGAAGCUUGGUUGGAACAUUCUCGCUACAUCAAAGAACUAUCAGAUAACGAACUUGCCGACACUCACAAACUCCGAGAAGCUUUAUUCGUAGUGAGAGAAAGAGCCCGAAAUGAUUUGAGGGCUCAAAGAGAUCGAGUCGAUUUUACUCUUCGUAAAAGAAUCUACGAAACGCAAAAAGCCCGUAACGAACUCGAAUGGCAACAAUUCAAAAUGCGAGAGGAAAUGGAUAAACUUCUUAAAGAGAUUAAAACAUUACAAGAUGCACUUCUAGCAAAAACUGAUGCUUUGAAAUUAUGCGAAACUCGGUUAGAAAAUAGAGCUUAUCGUCCUGGUUUCGAAUUGGCCAGAGACGAGACUGAAUCAGGUCUGAAAAAUGAGGUUACACAAUUGAGACAAACGAGAAAUGAUCUAAUUAAUAAAAUUAAUUGUGCUAAAGCCACAUAUAAUGCGUUGGAGAAUCAACAAAUUAUUAUUGACACUGAUUUGGAAAAUAAAGGUCAUUCGUUGAUGACUGAUAUUAGAUGUCUGGAUAUGAGGAUUCGAUUGCGGUCUGGGGAAUUUGCAGGGCCUGGAACAGAUACUGAUAGGAAUAUUCAGUUGACAAGAAUGGAACAAGAAAUACCACCAACGUAAAUUAGAAAUGGAAAAGUCAAGAUGGGAAAAUUACAUGUGUUCUAGUAGUCGUUUUAGUAACAAUUGUUUGGUGUAUUUGGGCAAUAAACAUUUUUAUCAAUCCUA